GUCGAAGCUGACGUACACCGUGUGUGAGUGCUUUCGAGCAGCUUGGCUCUUUCUGUAUAUAGCCUAGACCUAAAUGGGUACAUUCAUACCCGUGGUGGUACUGUGCAUCGAAAUUUGAACCACACUUUUUUGUCGGUCUGGUACUGCGGACUCAGUCGUUUAGUAGUUCACUAAACCUGUGCCCAACUCUAACCUCCGAAGUCCGUCGGGAACGUUCAUGAGCACCACAGGGAUAUGGGCACGGCCUAUCCAAGCUAUGUCUUGGCUGUACUUUAAUGCGGGCGAGAAAAUUUGAUGUCACUGAAAAUGUUUCAGCUAAGUCCUUGUUCAUUCAUUAGUCCAAAUGCACCGCACUUCCCUGCCGCGGGAUCGGAAUGAAUGAUGCUGUUGUGCUUUUAGUCCUUGGAUUGGUCGCCGAACAAGUUAAAUGGUGGUUGCACGAGCUACCCCAAAACCGACAGUAAAUUCUUAUCCAGACUUUCAUCCCUAAGUUACAUGUCUGGUUCAUCAGCAGUUAGCAACAUGACUAACGGCAAAUUAGCCUCGCCUUCUCGAUACCUUCUGCCCUCCGACAAACCAGAGAGUGAGAGACUAAACCUACAAAACCGUGUGCUGAAGAAGGCAUUCGGAAAUGUUGUAUUUGCUCCCUUUACGCUCAGUUCGGAUGAUGCGGUACUCGAUGUCGGGACUGGCACAGCCUGUUGGACCUUGGAUUGUCAUGAUGCAUUCAGGACUGCUCACUAUUAUGGCAUCGACAUCACGUCGGAUCUCUUCCCCAUCCUUGACGUCGACCUCAAGUCGAGAAUUCACCUCACUGAAGGCAACAUACUGCGGUUGCAAGGAGAAUGGGCGGAUAGAUCUUAUACACUGGUGAACCAGCGUUUGCUGAUAGCUGCAUUAUCCGCCGAAAACUGGAAGACUGCCAUCAACAAUAUCUACAAAGUGCUGGCGCCUGGAGGCUGGGUUCAAUUUGUGGAAACUAACCACUGCCGUUCUGGAGAUGUGACCGACAGACACCACGUGAUUCUCAGGCAUACUUUCGAGAAGCGAGGUUUACUUUUUGAGUGUGCCGAGAAAAUUCCAGCACUGCUGCACGACGCGGGGUUUGUUGAGAUCAACUCCAUGAUCUACGAAAUCGAUUUGGGGAGCUGGGCAGGGCAGGAUGGUAUAGAAGCACGAGACAGCUUCAUCGGAGUCUACAAAGCGAUGAAGUAUCCGGUCGUGGACGUGAUGGGCAUUAUGUCUUCUCCUGAUUUUGAUUCACUUAUUGAGCAGAUGCAAAGAGAAUGGGACAGUACACCGGGAUCGAAAAUAGUAUUCCACGUCCUCUAUGCUCAGAAGUCAGCGUCACCAUAGAUUUUAGCAUUGCAUGAUACUGAAUAAUUAUAUAGUUUACCUCAAAUACAUAUAUAUAUAUUUAAUCACCGCAGCUCUUGCAUAAACAGUACUAUCACUUGACCAGUCACUGCGGAAACGAAAUUUUAGCAGGGGGCAUAACCAGAUUCUCCAAAUGUAGAUAAUCCGACCUUG